AUGAGUUACGAAUGGUUGGAUGCCCUCCAAUGGAGCGGAAACAGAAGUCUGGAAAGUGGAAGAGAAGAAGAAGGAGAAGAAGAAAAAAGAACAAAUUGCUAUGAACUCAUAAAUGACAAAAUUUUCGUAUACAGAUGUAACACAUGUCUGUUGGUAUUCACCUGUGUGCAUUCCUUUUCGAAUCAUGUGUUGAAUGAGAACCACCAAAUAAAGCAACUGAACUCUCUGAAGAAGGGUAAGUAUUUUAAUUGCCUCAGGUGUAAGUACGUUUGUUUAAGCAUCGCCAAAAUUAUAAAUCAUAUAGAAUUGUACAAUCACUGUCAUAACAUUCUGAGGAAAAUAAAAAGGAACAUGAUUUACAAUGGAAUUGCUUCUUGUUCAUGCAAAGUCAAAUGUUAUACGUUUUACUCGCAAAAUAAACAUUGUCUCACUACUGGGGAUCCUAUUCUGGCCGAAUAUGAAGGUGUCCCGAACUUUCAACCGAUUGAUGAGGGUGCCAUGUGUUCCUAUGAUCAGAGUGAUUCUCACGAGGAUGGAGAUAUGGAGUUCUUUCCAAAGAGGGCAGAAAUACCUCCUAAAAAGAAUAAUUUACUUUUGAUGACACCCCCUAACGUUCCCAUUCCACAUUCUUCUUCUGCCGAUGUCUGUGGGGAUUCCCCCGGGGAUAAAUCCCUCAGGAGGAAAACUCUAGGCUUCAUUCUCAACACCACGGGUCAGACAACCUCUAACGCAACAGAUGCGAGGCACCCCUCCCCUGCACACAUGAACAUCGCCCCCAUGCCCUGCAACCAAGUCGGAGAACAAACGGAGCUGAGUCCAAUUUGCACGGACAUAAACAAAAUAAAUGACUUCAAUGCAGUUCUGUUAAAUCUGGAGAAACAAGAAAAGGAGAAAAAACGGGGCGUGAAAAAUGAAGAAAACAGCUACACCACAGAUGCCACAAGAAACUUACUCCUUCACAUUUAUGAAAAUAAUUAUCAUUUAAACAGAAUAAACAAGAAUAAUUCUUUCCACCAUGAUACCAAUCACAAUGAAAAAAAAUGUGAUAUUCUGGAGGAAACUCAAGGCCAGUUUUUCUCCUCCCCUUCUGCCUCAAAUAAUGGUAACAAUUUUUCUGCUAAAAAUUAUGACCCUUUAAGAAGUUACCGCUACAACGACUACGAACAAGGCGCUUUCAAUUUGUUCAGCGAGGAACAGAAUAUCAGGGUAGGAACACGCGGAGGGUAUAUCCCUUAUUUAACACCCCAAUGGGGACAUCCUCAAAAUGGGUCUAACAUUCCAGACAGGAAAGAUAAAAUCGAGACGACUACAUCCCACAGCGCUUUCCACGAGUCGACCCCUUCCUAUAUCACCGGGGGUAAAAAUACAAGGAACAAAUCUACACAAAAUAGGCCACCAAAUUAUAACCCUAUUUUUGAGGAUCAUCACAACUUGGACCAAUAUCUCAGUUCAGAACAUGGGAAUAAAAUUGAUCUAAAUAUGGAAGGCGAAAUGGAAGAAAUAAAAAGUUCUUUUUUGCACUCCAUUCAGAACAGUGCAAAGAAGCUAGCUGAGUUGGAUACACUGCAUAUGUAUGAGAAGACAGAAGAUGCAUCCUUUUUUUGCAGUGAUCCCUCUAGUGCGUAUAGAAACAUCAAAGAAAUACACACAAAUGUUGUCGAUCAGAUGGACACUCAUCCGAAUGAUACAACUAGCGGAAUGAAUUAUGUGGAUGAAGAACAAAUGGAAGAUUCCAUCAAGGGAGAGAAGAUCUCCCCUUCAGAAGAAGAUUUUAAAAAAUACUUCUGCAAAAAUUUCCUUUCUCAUAUAUUUGAUUAUCAGCCGAGAAGCAUGAUUUCCCCAAUGGACGGGGCUCACAGUACUGAUUCUGGGGAACCUUCCAAUGGAGAAACGGCUAACGUGAUGGAAGAUACAUACUGGGAUGCGCGUCAUGACAUGAACCUGGUGAAUGACAACAGAACGCAUAAUGUUGCUAGGCGGAAGACACCAAAUAGAGAACCCUUCACUGAAAUGGCGUAUCCUCACAGGGAGGAAGCAACAGAUGCACCUCUGUAUCUUACUCAAAGGAUUGAUGAUAGUAGCUCGUUUUUGUCUCCUAAAUAUUGGCAACCUAACAUGGAUGAAAUGGAGAGGAUACAUUACGGGCACAUGGAUGGGGAGAGUAGCAGGGAGGUUAACAGGGCGAAAGUAGGAACAACCAAUCAGCUGAGUUACAUGAAGUACAUAGUCGGGGGGGGUGAACCAGGUAAAGAUUUCCGCACUACAAAUCCUUUUCCCUUAGUAGAUAGUUCAUUAACAUAUGUGAAUAAGAAAAGCAAUGAAAAUUUCACCGAAGAAAGAGAAAAAAAAAAACAACUGGAUUUACUAACCUUGUAUUGUCUGCAGGAAGGGGGAUUCCCUUAUACGUAUAGUGAUGUCAAAAAUGAAGACAACAAUGGAUACGUGCAAAACAAGGAUGAUAAACAAAUUUCCUCCCAAUUGAAUAAAAACUCCCACCAUUUUAAUCUGCCAUAUGAAGACUCCAUUCUCUAUGGCAAAUGUUUCAACGGAUGGGAAGCAGAAGAAGAAAAUGACAAAGAAGAAAACCGCCUCCAUAGGAAUGACGGGGCUCCCAGUUUUAUUGCGGCUGCGAUGGGUGCAUACAGAGGACUGGGAAAUACAAACACGCAAAAAGAUGCACCACAGCAGAUAGUAGUAACAAAGGGGAUGAAUCAAUGGAAUGCCAGUGCGAACCAGUUAACCACCUAUCCCUCCAACGGAGAAAAUAUAAACAUAAGACACUUAAGCCUACCAAGCAGAGACAAGACAGAGAGCAACCCAACUAACAAUACAUCUUCGCGCACACAGGAGCAGAUUCUUAAGAACAUUUUUGAAGAUUCCUCUGAUGAUAAACAGAACAUCAGAACGCCCAGUGAGACUGCCGCUUUAAAUAAGAAAAGACAAUCGUUUAUCGACGAAGUUAGUGAAAUUAAGAAAUUGAUUGAAGAGGAAAACAAAAAUAAUAAUCAGCCAAAUUUGACACACAUGAAUCUUACGCAUGGACAGAGAAUGGAACCUGCUAUUCCUUUUCAUGGAGAGAGGAGCAAUUUCUCUAAAAUAGGGGACACGAAGAAGCAGAAUUUUUACCUUGGUAAUCGAAAUAAGGAUGAUAGAGGUGCUUACCCGAAUUUCAAAUCCAUUCGGACUAAUGACUCCCGGGGGGAAGGCACCCAUUGGGGGAUCCCCCCUGAGAGGGUAAACUUCGGGAGCGGCCACUUCCACAAUGGCUACUUCCAGAGCAGUCGCAUAGACAAGGACUUGCAGAACCACCGAGACAACCCCUUAGAUAGCCGCCGGGAUCACUUCAGUCGCGGUCACCAGCAGAGGAAGAAAUCAACGGACGACGAAAAAGACCAUCGUUUUACCUCGAAUCUGUCCAAAUGGCAAAGCAGAAGAUGA